GCCAUCCUCCUCCCGGUAGAAAAAAACCAGGAUGUGAGUGAUGUUUCUAACGAUCCAGCCAGGAAACGGAGGGUUUUCUCUGACAAACACGGAGGAAUAUAAUCUCACGGUGUUCCUCAGAGAUUGUUGAACGGAUUUUAUUCCUCAGAAAUCAACGAAAACACGGUAAUAAACCCCGGUUCCUGUCGGCGGCUGAGAGGAGGGCGGCAGGAUGAGUGGGGCGGCUCUGGGGAUCGAGAUCGUGGUGGUGUUCUUCCUGGCUCUGUUCCUGCUGCACCGCUAUGGAGACUUCAAGAAGCAGCAGCGCAUGGUGCUGUUCGGCACGCUGCUGGCCUGGUACCUGUGCUUCCUCAUCGUCUUCAUUUUACCUCUGGACGUCAGCACGACCAUCUACAAGCAGUGUAAGAUAGACCAUGAGGAGCAUGCCAUUCCUAGUGUCACCCCGCUGCCAUCCAAUCACACGGCUGCAAACACAUCCGUCAAGCCCACUAAGAGUGUACCGACGCCGUGCUACAAGCCGUGGAGCUACAUCCCUGAUGGCAUCAUGCCCGUGUUCUGGAGGGUGGUCUACUGGACGUCCCAGUGCCUCACAUGGCUGCUGCUGCCCUUCAUGCAGUCGUACGCUCGUUCAGGAGGCUUCUCCAUCACCGGGAAGAUCAAAACGGCCCUGAUAGAGAACGCCAUUUACUACGGGACAUACCUGCUCAUCUUUGGCUCUCUGCUCAUAUACGUGGCUGUUCAUCCUGCUUGGCAACUCUCCUGGUACGAGCUCCAGACCAUCGGGAUCACGGCGGCCAACACCUGGGGUCUCUUCCUGCUGGUCCUCCUGCUCGGUUACGGUCUGGUGGAAAUCCCUCGCUCCUACUGGAACGCUUCCCGGCACGGACACUUACUCAUCAAGACGUACUUCAAGGCGUCCAAGCUGAUGACGGAGAAAGCUGACGCAGAGGAGAACCUGGAGGACGUCAUGGAGGAGGUGAGAAAAGUCAGUGAAUCCAUCAAGUAUAACCAUCCACUGAGGAAGUACAUCGAUACGAUCCUCAGAAAGUGCCCGGUGGACUACCAGGAGAAGAUGGGCAGGAACAUGGACGACUACGAGGACUUUGAUGAUAAACAGAACACCUAUCCCAGCGAGAGGAGCCUGGUGAAGCUCCACAAACAGGUGAUUUACGCGGUUCAAAGACACAACAGGACCCGUGUCCAGUGGCAGAUCCUCCUGCAGCAGGCCAUCCACCUGGAGGACGUGGCCAAGAAUGAGACCAGUUCCACCCACCAGUUUGUCCACAGCUUCCCAUCAUCUGAGCCUGCCGGCUGGUUCAGCAGAUACGUGUACACGCCGACUGUAGAGUGGUACUGGGAGUGUCUCCUGAAGCGCUGGUUUUACCGGCUGCUCUCCGUGGUCCUGACGUUGUUCAGCGUGGCCGUGGUUUGGUCUGAGUGCACCUUCUUCAGCACCCGGCCCGUCCUCUCUCUCUUCGCCGUGUUCAUCCAGCUGGCCGAGCGAGACUACAACUACCUGUACAUCGAGAUGGCGUGCUUCAUCACCAUCUUCUUCCUGUGUACCUGUGUGUACUCCACGGUGUUCCGUAUCCGGGUGUUUAACUACUACUACCUGGCCUCACACCACCAGACCGACGCCUACAGCCUCCAGUUCAGUGGCAUGCUGUUUUGUCGUCUGACCCCUCCUCUGUGUCUGAACUUCCUGGGUCUGAUCCACAUGGACUCUGCCAUCUCCCACCAGCAGAAGGAGCAGACCGCCUACACCUCCAUCAUGGGCUCCAUGCGUGUCCUGUCCUUCAUUGCUAAUGGUUUUUACAUCUACUACCCCAUGCUGAUCGUCAUCCUCUGCUUCGCCACCUACUUCAGCCUGGGAACUCGCUGCCUGAACCUUCUGGGCUUCCAGCAGUUCAUGGGCGACAGUGAAAUGACCUCUGACCUCAUUGACGAGGGCAAGGAGCUGAUCAGACGAGAGAAGAGGAAACGGCAGAGGAUCGAAGACGGAGAGAACAGACGACGGGAGUGGAAGGAGCGUUAUGGAAACCCGAGGGAGGACUACGCGGCGAGGAACAGGAGCAGCCAUGAAAUGAAGGAGACCAGCUACUCCGACACGGUGACGCCCAGAGACAACAGACAAGCCAAGUACUCUCGUUCAGGAAGUCGAGCAGAGAGGGACUGCAUUGAGCUGCUGCAGGACGCCGAACCUUUAGACUUCAACGCUGAUUCUCUGACAGACGACCCUCUGGACUCUGAGUCAGGACGACACGCUGGAGGGCGCUACCUGUCCAUGUCGUCGUCCCGGAGCCGAAUAUUUGACGACGUCUGACGGGGAGAAGGAGAAUGAAGGAGAUCCAUGAACUGGAACACAAAUGAACAUUUAAAGGAAGUGAAUGUACCACAUGACCUCCAUCUCCUGGGAUGCAUGGUAAUUUAAAAACAAGGUUACCUGUUCCAGUGAAGUUCUGUCACCUGGAAGUAUCUCCAUAAUCACGUCUGCACCAGGGUUCCUGUCCAGCUGCAGAAAAAUGAAGGAAUAUUAAAGCUAAACCCUUGAAUGAGUCCCUGCAUGUCCUAAAGGCAGGGGGCGCUCUAACUGUCUGAGCAUGCUCCAAACACGAGUCACACCCAGCUGCAUGUUGCCACUUUAAUGACAGGUACAUGAAGGACGGUUAUUUAUGUAUUUUAUUCUUCUUAGUUUAAACCCAGACUUAUUUAUUUCACUGUCAUCAAUGAAACACUGACUUAUUAUUUUGAUUUAAACCCAGUCAGUCUGAUCUCUGAAGACCUGGAUCUAGUCUUUGUUAAAUUAGAACUACUGAGAGCUCCAUCCAUCCAUAUUCCUGUUUAUCUGCGGUCAGCUCACAUAGGCAGCAGGUCAGCUCAGUCCACCCAGCAAUGACUGAGUCCUGCUGCAGGAUCCUAACGAGCUGUAUGAUCCUCCAGGGAGUUCUGGGCUCCACCCAGCUGGACGUACCUGGAGGACCUCCACAUGGAGGUGAUGAAGAGACCUGAUACCCUAACCACAUUAACAGGGUGUGUGCUCUCUAUAUCUGACAGAUAAGAAGAACUUUUACCCUCCAGAGUCUCAGAGACUUUCUGACACUGAAGUAUGACACGUGUGUCUGUAACGGGCUGUUUCAUGUGUGGAAGGAGAAGAGAGAGAAAAUAGAGAAUUGGUUUUAUCUCAUACAAACAUACUCAAUCUGGCAUAUAAACACUGAGUGGCUAGUAACUCUGCAAAACCAUUAACCACCGUGGCUGGUGAGCAAAAAACCUAUUCAGUCAGGAACACUCGUCAUACAUUUUACCUUUUUAUUGCAAAAUGGAUCUACAGUUUUACUUGACGCAGAAGGCUCUGCUCUAAAGAUGCUCCCUGGGUUAGUCAGCAGCAUGCUCUGACUUUCCAUGACUAGAAACCUCCAUAUGGAGAAUCAAUCUAGGGUGUAACAAGCUUUAACCCUUAGAGCUCACAGCUGUUUUUUCACCAUCAUGUCUCGUCUGGACCUUUUCUCUUAAAAACCUUGUAAAACAUCAACCUUGUGGUUCACAGUCAAGUUCUAUACAUCCUUUUUUCAG